UCAUCAUAACUCUCCUAUCAAAGCCACAAACACACACAAAUUGGUAUAAUAACAUAGUUUACAUUCUGUCACUUCUUCCUCUGUGGCUUUUUCCUUCCUUCCUAAAAACAAUGGCUUUAACUUCAAUUUCAUUUCUCUUUUUUCUUCUAUCUAUGUUUUCAGCAACAGUUUCAUCCCUCACAUGUUCAACUCAGAAACUAACCGGAACAAAAGUCUAUCCAAACUGCAUAGACCUCCCUGUACUAAAUUCCUUCCUCCACUACACCCAUGACACAUCAAACUCCACUCUCUCGGUGGUCUUCGUUGCGACCCCACCAAGUCCAGGCGGUUGGAUAUCCUGGGGAAUAAACCCAACCGCCACAGGAAUGGUCGGGGCGCAGGUGAUUGUGGCAUUUAAAAACAACGGUGUGAUGGCGAUGAAGACAUUGGACCUUAAAUCUUACAAGGUUUUUAUUCCUGGGAAGCUUUCUUUUGAUGUUUGGGAUAUGAAAGCCGAGGAAGAUGGUGGUUUAAUGAAGAUUUUUGCUACCGUUAAGGUUCCGGUUAAUGUUACCGCCAUUAACCAUGUUUGGCAAGUGGGGCCCUCUGUAACGGCGGGAAUGAUUGCUCCACAUGAUUUUAAUCCAUCUAAUCUGAAUUCAAAAGGGAGACUUAGCUUGAAUGGAGCCAAAGAUUUUGGGAAUAAUGAUGAUGCCCCUUUGGAUUUUGUCACCAAGAAGAAAAAUAUUCAUGGAGUACUAAAUAUAGUGAGUUGGGGUAUUUUGUUUCCCCUUGGAGUUAUCAUAGCAAGAUAUAUGAAAAUUUUUCCAUCGGCGGAUCCGGCUUGGUUCUAUAUUCAUAUUGGUUGCCAACUAUCUGCUUAUAUUAUCGGAGUUGCUGGUUGGGGAACUGGCUUGAAACUUGGAAGUGAAUCAGAAGGGAUUCAAUUCAGUAGUCAUCGCAAUAUUGGAAUUACCCUCUUUUGUCUUGCCACUAUACAGAUUUUCGCAUUGUUCCUAAGGCCAAGCAAGGAUCACAAAUAUAGAUUUUACUGGAAUAUCUAUCACUAUAGCUUUGGAUACGCUAUAAUUAUCCUUGCGAUUGUCAACAUAUUCCGAGGCUUUGAUAUCUUGAAUCCCGAAGAGAAAUGGAAGUUAGCUUACAUUAUAUUGAUUAUUGCAUUGGCCGUAAUUGCGUUGUUGUUGGAAGCAAUCACUUGGAGUGUUGUAUUGAAAAGAAAUCGUAAAAACUCGAACAAAACCUAUGAUGGAUACAACAACAAUGGACAAAACAGGCAACAACCCAUCCACAUAUAAAUCAUGUCAACAGAUUUAGCUUUGCAUCUCAUAGAUUGAUUCUGAUUUUGCAACACCUUGUCUUGAGUGGAUUUUUUUUCCACUUUUUUUGGUACUAUUUAUCAUAUAGUUUUUGUGUAAUGCUUGGUUUCGUAGUGUUUUGUUUUAAGUUUUUUUUUUUUUUUUUUUGUGGUCAGGGUUUGAACUCAUACCUUGCAUAUAUUAUGCGUUGUCUCAACUGAGCUAUGCUCACGAGGACUUAGGUUCUAAUUCUAGAGUACAUAUUUUUCAGUCUCUAUAAUUAUGUUAGUGAAAAGUUUUACUAUGCUUUUGUUUCCACCAGGAUAUAUUAUAUUUCCUCU